AUGGAUCUGAGUACUGCAGACAGGCGGAGAAGGCGCCGGCGCGUUGCAGAUGUGGAUCGAAAGAGGGCACCUCGAGCCGGGGAAAGCCUGCCAGGUACCGAACUACGUACCGAACUUCCAAAGCAAUCACCUCCCCAAGCUCCAAAGACCUCGCCAACUCUCUCAGAUCGCGGAGUUGUUGAAAACUCUGGGCUACCAUCGCCAGCUUCCGUUUUAUCGCAUGGUCUAUCAAAACAUGUCAUUGCCGACCAAUCGAAACGAGUAUUAUGGCCAAACAUUCUAUCCCGGCUUCGGGAAGCAUUUUCCCUUGACCCCCAACGCGCUCCGGAAGAACGAGAGAUGGUUGCGAUGCAAGCUCGUAUGAUACAACCCAAGGGACUACAUCCCUCUGAACUAUCCAGAUUGCACGCGGCUAUCAAUGCCUUUCCUCCUCGCCUAGUUGCCGAUUUCCUGGUUUUCAUAUUCAUUAAGCACGCGACCGAUGUUUUUUUCUACUUUGAUCAGGCGCAGAUGCUCUCCGACAUCGAUGAAUUCUACACGGACCCCAGAUCAUCUUUGAGGCUUGAUCCAGCUUUUAUCUGUCUCGCCAUGGCGACAUUCGCGCUUGGAAGUCAGUGGACACCUUUGGAGAGGCCUGAAGGGCUCGAGUCUGGCCAACAAAAAGACGACGUAGAUUUAGGACGUGAAUUUUCCUUUCACGCGAAGUCCCUCGUGCCUGAUAUCGUCGAACGCUCAUGCUUGAGAUCCAUUCAGGCACCAUUUGUCCUCGGUGUUUAUUUCAUGCCAGCAAGUGCAAUUGGAGCAUCCUAUGUAUUUCUAGGCCUGGCAUUACGAAAGGCUUUAGCAUCCGAUCUCCAUCUUGGUUCAGAAGAUGGGGCCUUGACCGAUAUAGAAAAGGAAGUGAGGUGCCGUCUCUGGUGGUCGAUCUUUUCGCUCGAACGAUGCACCACCGUGAAAUUGAAUCGACCUCGCUCCAUUGAUACCCAGAUCAUCACAGUACCAUAUCCCUCUAAAUGCAUAGCCCUUGAUCAAGUCCAGAAAUUCGAGAACCUUGAUUGUCAGGUGGCAUACGUUCGACUUAUAAGAUUACUCGACGAAAUUGCCGGGGUUGCAAGAGUGGCGGCGCUGACAAGACGAAGAGAUGGAUUGCCCGAGCCACCGGGCCUAUCGCAGUCAAAAUGGGAGGCGGAUCUGAAAUUAUGGAAGCAAUCUCUUCCCAUUGAUUUAAAGCUCGAUCGAAUGGGCCCAAGCGACUUGAAAUACCGAGCCGUAUCUCACCUUUAUCUGAAUUACUACUAUGCACUUAUUACCAUGGGCAAAGUUGCACUGGUAACAGUCGCCAGGACGAAGUUAAAGCAAGCCGACGGCGAGAUGCUGGACGUGAGUGACCAUGUCAAGGAACUGGCAAUUUGCUGCUCAAAAGCCGCAAUCAAGACGCUUCAGCUAUUUGAGAGCUUGAAUAGGAGUCGGAAGAUUACAAGAUUCUCAUUUACCGAUUUUCAAGGAUGCAGCAUCGCAACCAUAGUCACUUUGGUGUCCGGAAUAUUAGAGCGAGAUUCAUCGUACGACAUUCGAGUCAAUUUUGGCUUGAAUUGCCUGCGGAAAAUGGCUACAGGAAAUAUGACUGCAAAAUUGGGAGUGAGGUUUGUGGAAGCAGUUCAAUCUAUCACAAAUGAAGCAGCGAGAAAGCGGCAACUCGAAGCUUCUUUGCCCCCGGAUACUUCGAACUCGAUUCAUUCUGGGUAUUAUCAGUGGGCAGAAUGGCUCACAGUACAAGGGGACUCUCAAAGGCGGCCCGACUCUAUGGUCCGUCUACACGAAGAAUCUCCUUCAGCCAGGGAGAAUAGGGACCAGAACUCAGUUCCGUGGUUGGCAGCACAAUCCACAUUCAGAGAUACAUCUACCUGGCAAAUACAGAUUGAACAAAACACCUCAGAGACAUCAUCAGCUCCUCAGAACUCUCUGAACGAGUCACCCGAGUCUUUACUGCCUAUGGGGUAUGAUUUCUUUUCCACGCUACACAGCGAUGAACAUUCAUUCUUGAUGGGAUUGACGGGACUGGAUGCUUUGGACUUUUCUGGCCUGACUGUUCAACUCGAGUGA